CUAGCUGAUAACAAAAGCGGAAUUCACGAGGUGCUCUUGAAUGCAGCAUAAAUUCAACUGCGCAGUUCAGGGACCCUUCAUCAUCUAACACUUGUGGAAGCGCCAUCCUCUUUGCCCAGAUGUCUGCUGCUCUGAGUCUUCGUCUUCUCCACUGCUACUCAAAGCAAGGCACAUUUGGAUGUGGCCCUGGUGUCAUGCGCUCAUUCAGUGUCACUGUGCCGAGAGAGGGCUACAAGUAUGUAAAUGCUCAGGAGUUGCCCACAGACUUGAAAUCCAUCACUGACCGGGCUGCCACAACCCUCCUAUGGACUGAGCUCUUCAGAGGUUUGGCGAUGACGAUGAGUUAUCUGUUCCGCGAACCAGCCACCAUCAACUAUCCGUUUGAGAAGGGGCCUCUGUCGCCUCGUUUCCGUGGAGAGCACGCCCUCCGCCGCUACCCCAACGGAGAGGAGCGCUGCAUCGCCUGUAAGCUGUGUGAGGCCAUCUGCCCAGCUCAGGCCAUCACCAUUGAGGCGGAGACUCGAGCUGAUGGCAGCAGGAGAACAACACGCUACGACAUCGACAUGACCAAGUGCAUCUACUGUGGUUUCUGCCAGGAAGCUUGUCCUGUUGAUGCCAUUGUUGAGGGUCCAAACUUUGAGUUCUCCACAGAGACCCAUGAGGAGCUGCUGUACAACAAGGAAAAGCUGCUCAACAACGGAGACCGAUGGGAGGCUGAGAUAGCGGCCAACAUACAGGCAGACUACCUGUACAGAUAGACUGACUGUUGUGUCUGUGCACUCCCUGUGAGGAUAUGUCACAUGUUGAAUCUUAUCCUCCCUAUAUGCAAUAAAGAGAUUACUUAUAGCUUUACAAAUAUUUCAGUGAGUUAUAAAUGAGCAAUGAAGCCUUGCAGCCUCAAAAACGCACAAAUUAUACUGUCUUGUGUUACAAAGAUGGUCGAUAUUGCACUUUUUGGUGUUGACUUUAUAAUCUGUAAUCCCUGCAGCCCAAUGUGCAGCCUGCUAGACUAUUUCUGUAGCACCUUAAAGCACGUUUUACCUAAUUUACCAGCUAGAACAUUUGUGAAACAGAAUAUUAAAGUCAUGUUUAUUCUGAGAUGAUUUAAGAUACUGAAAUAAAUCAUAUUUCCAGACUGUU